AUGUCUGAGCCUCCUGGUGACCAGGGAGGUAAUCCCAAUCAAAACGCCCAAAGCGUUCACGAGCAUCAGGCUUCUGCCAACAAUGAUGCCACCAACCCCGCCACGACGUCUGUGCCUGGACAACCAUCUCAACAAACUGUCAACAGCGGGAACGCGCAAUGCCAACAACCACUCCCUAACCAUGGGUCAAGCCGGACUCAACUCCAUCUCUCACGUCCCAAAUCGCCGAAAGGACCUCGCCCUGCACCAACAGCUCUUCGCUGGCAAUCUGGGGGUGCUGGAAACUCGGGUCACUUGUCGGGUGGUGAAGACGUGGGGGUGAACGCAUGGGUGGCAGAGAAUGCGAAGAAGCGGGACAACGAAGGGAAGAUCAGAUACACCACGACACGGAGCGAUAUGACUGCAUUGGACGAAGUCUUCGACAGUAUCCACCUCGACAUUACAAAUAAUACAACCAUCAUUCGCGUUUACUCUGGAGUUACUGGUGCUGCUAUCACGAUUCCGGUCGAAUUGGGCGACAAUGGUCCGCCGCCUGGACCAUCUAAAUCUCCGCCAACGCCAAACACUCUCAAAGAUAUCGACGCGACAGUUAAAAACCUCAUUCGUUCGGCCACUGGAUUCUCGGAUGCUGAUUGGGCUUCCGACAAGGAGACCAGGGCCUAUGGAUGUGCCUCUUCCUCAUCAUUAACAAUUUCCCUGUCCCUCAACCAUUUCUCUUCAUCUGCGACGACAAAUUGA